GCAUAAACACCACUUUACAUGUGAUUUUAUUUAUCCACGAAUUGCAUUUUAGAUAUAUUUGAAGUCAGAAUUGAAAAAUAUGGACUGGUUCGAAAGUUAUAGCACAAAUACGGGCGGACAGACACGACGAUUCAUAUAAAGAGGAUCUAGCUUUGUGAAAGAGCUUUCUCGAUUACGGCUCUGGAAUGGCUAAAUCUUGUCGGAACCAAUGGCGGACAAGUUUCCCCGGCUACUAUUUCUGUCAGACCUUCAAAAACUUGCUAAAACGUUUCAAAAUCGACUCAAAAGUUUAUAAAAAUCACCAAAACGUCACCAGUCCUUGAACCUGAAAUUUAACUACUCAGGAACUAUUAUUAGGCAAAAGAUUAAGAUUUUUCAUGGACGAGCGAAACGAAAAAUAAUUUGAAUAUUUUUUUUUUUUUUUUUUGUUAACAAAUUUUAAUUUAGUUUGAAUAUAAAAUACACUUAUUUCUGUACAGAGUAACAAUGUCUGUAAAAUACAUGGUAGUUUUAGAUAUUUGAAUAAUAAUAAGUGGUUUUAAGUUUUUGGAUAAAUGGCAAACUUGGGCCAGCUGUCAUGGGGUACUCUUCAGUUCAUAGCAAAGGUUGGUACCCGACACAAGUGGUAUCGUCGUGGUGUAGCGCCAGAAAAGGGUAAAACGUUGGCGCAGAAGAUGACUGCAUGGAAUUCUAAGGAUCAGGAUCCCGAGCUUAACUUCCGAGUUAAUAUAGGAUUUGCAAAUCCUGUCAUUCGCAGGAAAGAUGUUUUAGAAGAACGAUUAAAAAUUCGGAAGCAAACCAAAGAAAAUUUAGAGAUGGAAAAGGCUGCUAAGAACAAAACUUUGAGUGUGCCUGUGGAGGAGGUGCACCAAGAGAGCAUCAUCAGCAACAGAUCCAUCCACGUACAUCAGGCUGCAGAGUAUUUUAGUAUUUACCAAGAUCUAUUUGAAGACGCUUAUUUUACUCCAGUCGUGCCGUUGAAUGUUUCUUAUACGUGGGGUAAAAUUGGUGAAGAAAUUGAGAGCAGGGUGUUUUGCGGAAAUCAAAUUACACCUUUGGAGGCUGUCAAUACACCAAAGGUAUCUUAUCCAGCAAAAUCUAGCGAUUUGUAUACGCUUGCAUUUACAACCCCGGAUUGUCAUUUCUCUGGCGAGCCUGCAGAAUAUCUUCACUGGCUUGUGACAAAUAUUCCUGGCAAUUCAGUUGAAAAGGGUCAAGUCUUAUGUGACUAUAUGAGACCUUUUCCGUUUCGAGGAGUAGGAUUUUGUCGCUACAUUUAUGUGCUCUAUAAGCAAGAUAAACAAUUGGAUUUCUCUCAGUACCAAAAAUCUCCAUCAUGUAAGAAUUUGUCUGAGCGGACAUUUUCUACCUACGACUUUUAUCGAGAGUUUCAAGAUUUUAUGACACCUGCUGGGUUAUCAUUCUUUCAAUCUAAUUGGGAUCAAUCGUUAACAUCCUUCUUCCACAACGUUUUGGAUAUGAAAGAACCAUGUUUCGAGUACGAUUUCAAACCAGCAAAACUUAAACCUCAAGAAUGGUUUCCAGUCAGAAAACCUUUCAACUUAUAUCUGGAUAAGUACAAAGAUCCCAAAGUUUUGCAAAAGGAAUUGCUCCUGGAGAAGUUGAAAGAGAGACAUCCAUUCAAACCUCCUCCAAGGCCACCAAAGUAUCCCUUGGCCCACCCGCUUCCUCACUCAAACCCUUCAUGGCUUAAUGAUGAUAUUCGACGCAGAAGAGUUCGAGAAGGAAAAUGGAAAUUUAUGUAAACUUUACAGUUUAUAGAAUUGUUAAAAGCAGUCAAUUAGUUUUUUUUAUACAAUAAAGUGGACAAAUAGGAAACGUAAA